AUGGCAAUUCCUUAUCCUCCCCACUUCAGUCUGUCUUCUCCCGAAACCCCAAUCGAGCCCCUGCCCCUAACCCAAGACGACCUGAAGAAAAUCGCCGCUUACAAGGCCGUCGACGAUUUCGUAGAAUCCGGCAUGGUGGUCGGCCUAGGCACGGGCUCCACCGCCAAGCACGCCGUCGACAGAAUCGGGGAGCUAAUCCAAAAGGGCAUCCUCAGCAACAUCGUGUGCAUACCCACAUCGACAAGAACGCAAGAACAGGCGCUCUCCCUACAAAUCCCUCUUUCCGACCUGGAUUCACACCCGGUCGUCGACCUCACAAUCGACGGCGCCGACGAGGUGGACCCGCACCUCAACCUCGUGAAAGGCAGGGGAGGUUCCCUGCUUCGUGAGAAGCUGAUUGAGAGCGCUUCGAGGAAGUUCGUUGUUGUAGUCGACGAGUCCAAAUUGGUGAAGUACAUCGGAGGCAGCGGGCUGGCGAUGCCGGUGGAGGUCGUGCCGUUUUGCUGGAAGUUCAAUGCCCGGAGGCUGGAGGAGGUGUUUGGCUACGCCGGAUGCAGGGCGCAGUUGAGGAGGAAAGGCGGCGGUGGUGAUGGUGAUGCUUAUGUGACGGAUAAUGGGAACUACAUAGUGGAUUUGUAUUUGGAGAGGGCGAUUGGGGAUUUGAAGGCGGCGAGUGAGGCGAUGAUGAGGAUGAGUGGUGUGGUGGAGAAUGGGAUGUUUCUGGACAUGGCGACUGCUGUUAUUGUUGCUGGGAGUGGCGGGAUAACGGUGAAGGAUAAGGUUUAA